UCCAAAGACAAUAUCUAGUUAAAGAAAUAUUAAAGAAUAAUAAAAUAGCACAAAUAAUAUUUACGAUUAUUUUUCAUCUAAUACUUUUUUUUCAGUAUUAUUGACUUACUUAAGUAUUUAUUUCAAAUAACUAUAUUUACAGAGAGAUAAGAUAUAAAAAGUUGUGUGAUAUGUGUUUUAAUUUUGAUGACAAAUACAAACAAUGUUUUACAACGAAAAUAUAAAUACUAUUUUAUAACUACUUUAUAAUAAAUGAAAUAAAUUUAUGCAAAGUUAAAUAGGAAAAAAGUGCAGAAUUUGAUAAAGUUUUAUUAAAGUCAAUAUUGUGCUGUAAAAUGCACUUUGGUCAAAAACCUAUUGUAUUGUUUAAGUAUUUACAAAUAAAUAAAUAAAAAAGAGUUUCUUUAUAUCUUUUGGAGUAGUAAAACGUGCUGAUCUAGUAAUUUAAUAUCAAAAAUUCAAUUUUAUUUGAUAGUGAAAAAUGUCAUAUCACUGUUUUCAAUGGACAAUCACAAUAAUAUUUCCUCUAUUUUGUGUAAUUUUUUAUCUAUAUUCAAAAUACAAACUCACCUAUUGGCAAAGAAGAGGCGUAAAAGCACCAUAUAAAUGUAAUUUAAUUUUUGGAAGUUUCACUGAUACAUUAACAUUGCAAAAGCCACCGGGAAAAAUGUUGCAAGAUAUUUAUGAGAAUGCCGAUUAUAAUGAACCAUUUGUGGGAUUUUAUAUUUUUCACAAACCAAUGUUGAUGUUGAGAGAUUUAAAUUUAAUUAAGCAAAUAAUGGUAAAGGAUUUUGAUAUUUUUCCAAAUCGACGUUUUGGCGGUGCUAAACAACGUGAUUCAUUGGGUUUGAUAAAUCUUUUGGGAAUACAUCAACCUGGAUGGAAAUAUUUACGAUCGAAAAUGACGCCAAGUUUGACGGGAUUAAAAUUAAGAAAUAUGGUACCGUUAAUGACAAAUUGUACUAUUCCACUUGUGAAUUUUAUUGAAAAAGCAAAAAAUAAUGAUAAUGGAUGGAAGGAAUUUGAAUUGAAGGAUAUUUCAUCGAGAUACACGACUGAUAUUAUUUCUUCAGUUGCUUUUGGAAUAUCGACAAAUUCAUUUAAUGAGAAUAAUGACGAUUUUUGGAAAGCAGGACAAAAAAUCUUAACUGGUUUAAAAAGAGGAAUUACAUUUUUAAUUCUAUUCUUUGUCCCAGAUUUGUGUAGCUUAGUGCUACCAUUUUGUACAGAAUAUAGUAAAUUUUUUCGUAAAAUUUUUUGGGAUUCCAUGAAUACUCGAGAGGAACUUGGCACCAAGAGAGGAGACUUGAUAGAUUCGUUUUUAGCCUUAAAAAAUGGAGAACAAUCACCGGAAUUCAAAUUCGAGGGCGAUAAUUUAUUGUCUCAGGCACUUUCAUUUUAUGUUGCGGGUCUUGAAGCAACAUCAAGUACAAUUGCAUUUUCACUUUAUGAAUUAUCUCGUCACAUUGAAUAUCAAUCACGUCUUUAUAAAGAAAUUCAAACACAUCUUGAAAAUGAAGAAUUAACUCUUGAAUCGAUAAAUAAAAUGGAAUUUUUGGAUCAAAUUGUAAAUGAAACAUUGAGAUUGUAUCCUCCUCUUCCAAUGCUCGAUAGAAUUGCCAGCAAAGAUUAUAAAGUGCCAGGAACAAAUUUAAUCAUCAAGAAAAACAUUCCAAUUUAUGUAUCGAUAAAUGGAACAAAUCGUGAUCCUAGAUAUUUUGAAAAUCCUAACGAAUUUAAUCCAUUGAGAGAGAAAAAUGAAAUGCAAGAUAUCACAAGUACUUCGCUUGCUUUUGGUCUUGGACCAAGAUCAUGUAUAGGUCAAAGAAUUGGUCAAGUUAUUACAAAAGUUGCGAUUAUCACAAUUUUAAAAGAAUACAUCCUCUCGCAUAAGACGAAAGAUGAAAAUUUAUUAAAUCCAAUUAAUGUGUUCACAACUGCCGCUGAUGGGGUUCACGUUCAAUUUAAAAAGCGAACCAAUUUUUAAAUAUAUGCGGAAAGA